GCGGCGCAUGUGCAGGUGCAGCCUGCUUUUUCACGUCAUGAUUUCCCCGAGUAGCGGCAAAACUUGCUGGUUCGCACCACAGCCGUUUUAUCGCAAGCACACGACGGAAUUAAGACGGAUCUCAUUCUCCGAUAUCGCGACCACCUGUAUCAUAUACUUCUUCUAGCUUCAGUUGCUCAGACUCGCUGCUGUUGCUACCCGGCGAUGCCAUAACUUACCCCCUCAUUCGUUAACUCCGAGCCUCAUCUCCCACGAAUAUUUCCCAACAUAUCACUUUCCAUACCCUCGCCAUUCGAAUCAAAUACCAUGGAUCCCUAUCAGCCUCAAUCCCCCGUCGAUGCGGAACUACCGCCAUCAAAGCCUGGGCGACAAACUGGGAACGCGACAAUCUAUCAGACCACCGGGCCAGAUGCACACACUGACCCUAUCUUCUCACCCGUAACCGGAGGCCCGGCGUUGAAUCCACGGUCGUGUGUGACAUGUCGCCGUCGCAAAGUACGAUGCGACAAACAGAUGCCGUGCUCCAACUGUCGCAGAGCGUUAAUUCCGUGUAUCUUUCCGGCUCCUGGACGCGCGCCGCGACAGCAGAAACCAAAGGAUCCUAAUGCGCCUCCAAAGAGUUCCUCACAGCGCGAAGCCGAGCUUGUUAAGCGGUUACGGAAGUUGGAAGGCAUUGUCGAAGAGUUGAGCGGCCAAAUCGAUGUCGAUGGCUUUGAGAAGAAUGAAGCGCCGGACUUGCAACGGGCUGCGACGUUCCCCAACGCUGGCCAUCCUGGAUCUGCAGGAGAUAAUGUGAAACUAUCAGGCCUAGGCGAUGUUGAAAAUCCUCUCGGAGUAAAUGAAGUCGCUCCUACCACUACCAGUCUCCAGCGCAAUAGUCGUCCUGGCAGAAUGGUCCUCUCAGACCAACGCGGCGCUGGUCGCUACGUUAGCAGUGGCUUCUGGUCCAAGAUGAACGACGAGAUUAAUGCUAUCCGAGCCGAAUCAUAUAGCCUAACUGACGACGACGACGAAGCCUCAGAUUGGGAGGAGUCUACGACUGGCACACCUGGUACGGGGCUAGUCUCGGUUACUGACCAUCAUGGUUUCAUCCUUGGCUAUCGAUCGUUAGACGUUGAUCUAGCGAAGUGUCACCCAGUACCGGCGCAUGCUACGUACCUCUGGUCCGUCUUCCAAGAAAACGUGGAGCCGCUCCUGAAGAUCGUUCACAUGCCAACAAUGGAGAACAUAUUGCGCGAUGCUAGGAGGAGCGCAGAUAAGCUCAGUCCUGGGAAUGAGGCACUUGUAUUUGCAAUUUACUUCAGUGCCAUCACUGCUCUCGAAGCAGACGAGAUUGAAACGAAUUUGGGCGUUGACAAAGAAGAACUUCUCGCCCAAUACCGCUUUGCUACGGAGCAAGCUCUGGCAAAGGCGAAUUAUCUUACUACAUCAGACUUUGCAAUCGUCCAAGCCCUGACCUUAUUCUUGAUUGUGGUCAGACGACACGACGACAGCCGAUUUUGCUGGACAUUAACAAGUUUGGCUGUUAGAAUUGCUCAAGGAAUGGGAAUCCAUCGCGACGGAACAGAAUUUGGCCUGUCGCCUUUCGACACUGAGAUGCGCCGACGAGUUUGGUGGGCGAUCAUGGCACUCGACUUACGCUCGGCCGAAGAGCAUGGAACAGACUUGGCUAUUAAUGACAAGUCUUUUGAUGCGCAUAUGCCAUCCAAUAUUAACGACGCCGACCUCAGUAUUGAAAUCCAAGAGCUACCUCCUAAUAGAGACGGCUGGACUGACAGCUCAGUGGCGCGGGUAAGACAUGAAAUUUGCUUCAUGGCGAGAAAAAUUCAUAUUACAUCAUCAGCUCUAGCCUCUGGGAGCCAUAAAACAGACCUUCCAACUCUCUAUGCGAAAGAACAAAUGUUGGUCGAUAUUUAUGAAAUGGUUAACGAGAAGUUCCUGCUACCCGCCAAAAACGAGGAUGAUUCUCUGGUAUGGGUUACGGCACGGAUUGUCCGCAUAAUUAUGGCGAAGAACGCUCUUAUUAUUUAUCAUCCAUUGUUGUUCCCGGGUGCUGAACAACAGCUAUCCUCUGAUAUACGACAACGACUUUUCAUCUCUGCUAUUGAGGUGCUCGAGUGCAGUUAUCUCCUAAUUUCUGAUCCUCGCAGCAAACAGUAUCGAUGGCUAUUCAAGACUUAUUCUUCAUUACAUGCUCUUGCUUAUACUCUUAUUGAGAUUUGCAGACGCCCCUGGACCCCUCUAGUCGAGCGUGGAUGGUUAGCCGCUGAAGAAUUUGAACCGAACCCGCUUCAUUACACCACCAAAGUUGACCAAGCAGCAGUGUUUUUGCCUCUGAAACGGUUGUUCACGAGAGCACGGAAACAUCGUCAGGCGGAGCUGAAGCGCCUGCAAGGUGAUCUGGAAGAAGCUCGCAGGCUGGACUUUGCGGAGCGUAUGAAUCCUGCGCAAGUCAGAUUUGGCCCUAUUCCUGGAACAGAAGACAGAAUGGAUCAAAUCCGUGAUGACUGGAGAAGGCUGAUGCGACCAUCGGAGGGAACCCCAGCUCCAUUCCCAUCAUCCAGAGGAACCCCAGCGGCAACCUCAGAGGCAAUGGGAUCGUCCGACGAUGGAGUAUUUACACGGACACCAGCAGAUUCGCUCUCGACAAGUGACAGACCGGCCAUGCCUAUGGGGACUGCAAUGGAAUAUGUUGGCGAGCUUCUGACACAACCUAAUAUUGUUGUAUCCGACUUUUGGCAAUUCUCCGAGGUUGAAGGAAUGGACCCCAAGGCAGUAACCAGCGCGCAAAACCUACAAAUGACGGCACAGGCAGAUCAGAUGAAUCCCGCCAUGCUGUCAUUGUCUGGGAAAGACGAUGCUGCUAUGUUGUGGCCAGAUAACUUUGGCACGAUGGACGUGAAAUUCGACGAUAUUAUGGCUGAUGAUACUGAAAUGCUAGGGGAAGGAUUCAACUGGCAGGAUUGGGGCCACACCAUUCGUGGUAUGGAAAUACAGAGUAUGCCGAUUCUAGGUGGAGAACCGAACCCGAAUCAACAACAGCCAUGGGCUCAAUAGAGACGAAAUAGACUAUAACGACUAUGAUGAUGACGACGCCGUUCUAUGGCUGUACUAGUACGUAGCCUUUGCUGUUUUGGUCUGAGCUUCCCGCCCACACUAGUGUUAGACUAUUAUUAGGAUAUCCCGCUUAAGUUUAAUGUGUACCAUAAAUGAUGUACCUUUGUCA